AUGAUGCUGAAGCUCAAAACAGAAUCGGGCACACACUACACACAAAAAUUGGAUCAGAUGUUCAAAGACAUGUCCAUAUCAGAAGAGACCAAUAGGGCGUUUGCGAGUUUCUGUGCGGAUAAGAAGGAUACGAAAAACGAGGACGGACUACUGGAU